AUGAGUGAAAUUAUACAAUUUGAAGACUUUUGGAAAGGUCUUGACGUUGAAGAGGUAAUUUUUUAUUUUUGAAAAUCAAGUGAAGCUGUUUUCAAGUUUCUAAAAAAAAUUAAUAAUUUUUGAAUUUUCUUAUUUAGUUAGGUUUGAUUGUAGUUUUGGCUGGUUUGAAAAAUUCACUAUUCAAAAAUUUUCCAAUCAAGUUUCGUGUCUGAAUAGGUUAAUUAAAAAAUGAUUCAUGAAAAUUUUUGAAUAGAAACUUUAUAAAAUUAACUAUCUAUUGAGAAAUAACAUUUUUUUUUAUCAAAUUUUUUGAAUUUUAGAACAUUUGUAAAAUUCGUGUUUAUUUCAAGAUUUAGAAAUUCAAAGACAAUGUCUGAUUCAGAUCUGAAAUUUCAAUAUUCAAAAACAAUUUGAUCUGACAAUUAGCUUUCAUUCAAUAGGCCAUUUUCCAAAACUUCUGAGCUCAUAAGAUUUCAAUAAGCUCAAUUCAUAUACAAAUUUUCUCUCUAUCUCUCACCCCUCUCACUUCUCUUUGCUAUUUCUCCAUCUGCUGGACAUAGAUAUAGAGGGUAAAAAAUAUUUUGUGCAAAAGUAUUGCGAAAUCUCUGUGAAAUCUUUAUUCCAGUUAAAAUGUGAGAAUUAUCUGGAAGUUUGAUCACAAAUUCGAAAAAAAGGUCUCAAUUUUCCAGAGAAUUGAGAAAAUUGUGCGUGAAGUGCUCAUUGGACAAUCCGAACUCAAAACUCUCACCGAAUCUUACAAACGAGUCAUCCAAUCUCACAAAAUCGACAUUAAAAAAAUAAUAACUGGUGAUACAAAUCAAGAAAGCAAUCGGGAAACGCAGUUAGAAGCUUUGGAAAAUCUUAACAAACAGAUUCAAGAAUCUGAAGAUAUUGUGAAAAUCAAUGAACUUUUUGGGAAAUUCAAAGAAUUGUCGGAGAAUUUGAAGAAUAAUGACGAGGAAGAAAAAAUUCUACAUCAAAAAUUAUUCGAGAUUCGAAAACAAAACGAUCGAUUUUUGAGAUUGACCCAAUCUCGUCUUGAUGAAUAUUGUCAAAGAAUGAUGAUAAUGUCUGAAGAACAUCGGAGUAAGAAACGGAAUUUUGACGAUAACCUGGAUAAAGAGAAAGAUUUAAUGAAAGAUGAAUUGAUUCAAGCAAUCACUUUGGAAUUUCAAAAACUUCGCGUCAAAAAAUUACAACAUUUUGUUGAAGAUCUCGAGGAAAUUGUGAGUAUUCUAUAUUUUUCUGUGGCCUUUUAAAAAAAAACAAUUUCAGCACUUCAAACAUUAUAACACACAAUUAGAUGAAUAUAAGGAUAUUAUUGAGAAACACAAGGUUUUGAAUCUUCAUGUUUUCCAGCUGGAAAAUCAAUUGCGAGCUACGAAAUUCGAAAAGCGAAAAUUACCGUAUAAUCAUGCUCGUGAAAUUGACGAUCUCACAAAAUCGAUAAAUCAUCAAAAUCAAACGGUAAGAAAGAGUGUACUCCAAAAACCCGAAAUCCUUUUUCAGAUCCGAGAACUUGAAGAACUUCUCUCCGAAGAACAAGUUUCACGAGUUAAAAGUGUUCAAGUAGCAAAACGUGAAAAACGAAAACUCAACUUGAAACUAUCCAAAAUGUUAUCUGAAUCAGCUAGAAAUCAAGCACUUCUUUGCAAACAAGUUCAUCAAGCUCUUCGCAAGAAUCUACAAGUUCCAGCAAGGAUUUUGGAGAAAUCUUGCAAAGAUGUUGAUGAAUGUCGAUGUGGAGAGAAAGAGAAGAGUUAUGUAGCGUGUGAAUAA